AAUAAUUUUUUUUCUCAAUAUUUAGGUGUUGUUGACAGUGAAGAUAUUCCUCUCAAUCUAAGUAGAGAACUUCUGCAAGAUAGCGCUUUGAUCAGAAAAAUUUCAACUAUGAUUACGAAUAAACUGUUGCGCUUUCUUCUUGAACAAAUGAAGAAAGAACCUGAAAAAUAUAAAAAAUUUCAUGAUGAUUACAGUAUUUUUUUAAAAGAAGGCAUUUUAUCUAUUGCUGAUCAAGUACAGAAAGAGGAUAUAGCUAAGUUAUUACUUUUUGAAUCCUCUUUGGAACCACCGGAGAAGAAAAUUAGCUUAGCUGAAUAUGCUAGUAGAAUGAAAGAAGGUCAGAAAGAUAUCUACUUCUUAGCUGCACCUAGCCGUCAACUUGCUGAAAUGUCUCCAUAUUUUGAAGCUGUAAAAAAGAAAGAUGUUGAAGUUAUAUUUUGCUAUGAACCAUAUGAUGAACUAGUUCUAUUUCAACUAAGGCAGUUUGAUUUCAAGAAUAUUACUUCUGUUGAAAAAGAAAUGCGUAGGGAGAAAGAGGAUGCUUCAGUUGAGGACUUAGGAGAAAAUGCUCUGCCUAAAAGCACUGCUGAGGACUUAAUCAAAUGGUUGUCUAACACAUUAGGCUCAAAAGUUCACAAAGUUAAAGUAACUAAAAGGUUAUCUACCCAUCCUUGUCUAAUUUCUGUGGAAGAAAUGUCUGCUGCACGUCAUUAUGUUCGUACAUCUUUACAAAGUAUGUCUGAAGAGCAGAGAUAUAAAAUUCUUGAGCCCACAUUAGAACUGAAUUUGAGUCAUCCUAUAAUUAAGAAGAUGAGUAUGUUACAAAAUAGUAAUCCGAAGCUGGCUGAACUUUUAGCUCAUCAAGUUUUUGAUGCUGCAAUGGUUUCUGCAGGUUUAGUUGAUGAUCCUCGCAAAGUUACAACAAAUCUCAAUGAAUUAUUAGUGAUGCUUUUAGAAAAGCACUGAAAUGUAAUGUUUAUUUAAAUUUUGUAUAUAACAACUGUUGAUGAAAUGUAUCAAAACUCAUUUUUAAAUUUCACCAGUGUCAUCUUUAAAUGAAGUAAAUUUUAUAUUUGGUUAGUUUCCAUGUAUUUAUAUUUAGUUAACAUAUCCAAUUACUCAAAUUCAGACACACCAGAAAUGCCGAUUUGUAGUUAUAGUAUUCUUUGCUAGACAAUCAUUAAUGUACAAAAUGUGGCACUUAGAAAUAAAACUAUCCUAAAGUUUUAAAAUUCUGAAAA